UUUAUUUAAAAAGAUAUUUGACGAAAUUCAGUUGCAUAUUUCUCAAUACAAAUAUUUCCAACAUUUUUUUAUUUUUAGUUAGCUCAGGUUCUUUGGAAACAUUAACCAAGACUGUGUCGGCUGCAUUUGAUGGAAGUGCGUUUCAUGCAGUCACCACGCGGUUUUGUGUAAAUGAUGAAAGUUCAUGCUGUUUUCAGGAAGCUUUUUUAUAGUGAAGGAAAAACAACGUUGCCAUUUGGGAUUUGCUUUGUUCUUUUUUUAAUCAAUUUCUUUAAUGCCAUGACAACUACAUCUGUUUUCUCAUACCUUCCACAACUUGUAAAGGAUUAUGGAUCAACUGAAGUUGAUGUAGGAAGAAAAACUGGAAUAAUUGCAUCAUCUCUGUUCAUUGCCAGAAUAUUUAGCAGUUUAGUUUGGGGUUAUAUUUCUGAUAAAUAUGGAAGAAAACUAUCUCUUUUAUUAACUGGAGCAAGCGUUGUGAUUUCUACAUUGAUGUUUGCCUUUACAUUCAACUACCCAUGGGCUGCUGUAGUUAGAUUUUUACAGGGUUUAUCAAUGGGGGUUUUGGUAAUUACAAAGGCCUAUAUGGCAGAUAUAUGUGACGACACCAACCUGGCAGCUGGCUUAAGUGUAAUUUUCUCAGGUUACAAUAUAGGACUAGUUAUUGGUCCUAGCAUGGGUGGAUAUUUAGUUUUUCCUGUGGAGAAAUAUAACAAUAUAUUUAAAAAAAACUCCUUUUUUGAAAGGUUCAAAAUCUUUAUUCCAAACAUUAUUAUUGUAAUUGGGAUGACGGUGUCAUUGGUGGCUUCGAUUUUUUUUCUUCCUAAGAGAGUUGUUGAGGAUAAAUCACUAUAUAGUGGGACUAACAACGAUGAUAAUUGUAAUGAUUAUGGUGAAAUAAUUAGUAAUUUAGCUGAAUCUGAUCCAAAUAGAUUAAAAACGUCAAAGUUUAAAAAGUACUGGAUAAUGUUUGGUACAACUCGUUUAGCGAAACUUUUGAGAAACAAAGAGUUUCUUAUUUCUUCAGUAAUAUUUGGGUUCUUUACAAUGUUUACAGACGGUUUUGAAGAAUUAUUUCCAGUAUUUGCCUCUACUUCCACAGAAUAUGGUGGUUUAGGAAUGUCAACAUCCGAAAUAGGUUUAGUCUAUUUGACUGUUUCUGUAGCGAUGUUAAUUUCACAAAUACUUUUAAUUGAAAAGAUAAUUCACAAGUUUGGCUCAAAAAAGACAUUUAUUGUUUCAUCUCUGCUUUUUGGUGCUAUGAUGCCUUUGUUACCUUUGAUUGUUUUCAUAAAAAACACGACUGUUCUUUGGUUUAUCUUGUGGAUUAGUGAAGUAGUUGUAUCUGUCUCUAUGAUGUCAGGUUUCACAGCUGCCAAUAUUUUGAUUAAUAACUCAGUUGGGUCGGACUUGCUCGGAUUAGCAAACGGUGUUGCAAUGUCUGUCUCUUGCAUUGGAAGAUCUGUCGGAAUCUUUGGAUUUGCAAGUAUUUAUUCAUGGUCGCUGAAAAACAAAGAAAGACCUUUUCCGUUUAAUCAAUAUUUUUCUUUUUAUUUCAUUUUAGUUGUUAUUAUUUUAGUAUCGUUGACAUCAUCAUUCAUUCCUGUUUCCUUAAAUAAAAGAAAAAUAGAACUGCAAUAAAAAAUUUUGACAACCAGUACUUUUUGGAUUGUUUUAUACUGUAGGUUUACGUUGGCAUGAAAUAUUUUUAUAUAUACCAGA